AUGACCUUCACAAAGCUAGUAAUAGCUGGGAGUACUGGCCUCUUGGCUGACGAAAUCUUACCUGUCAUAAUUAAUUCUACUAAACCCAAAUUUGACGUAACUCUACUGACACACAGCAAUGGUGGGAGGAACACUGCGUUCCCUGACGUCAAGACCGUUUCCGUUGACUAUAACGACCACAAAUCCCUUGUACGUGCUGUGGCUGGUGCCGACGCUAUUAUAUCACUUGUAUCUGUUAAAUUCAAUAAGAUAGUUGAUUUACAACUACUCAGGGCUGCUCAGGACGCAGGGGUCCGUCGAAUUUUUCCAUCAGAGUACACGAUAGAUGUCCUUCAUCCUGCGGCUGAACCUCUUUUGAAAUCCGACAACGAAGAAUGGAGGGAUAUUCCAUCGCCCGCAAAUGUUGCUCGUGAAUUUUUAGCCCUUGCUGAGGAAGAAGGGCCUACGAGCUUCACGACGCUUGUCCCAUCCACGUUUAUUGAUCACUGGCUAAGAGGAUCAUUUGGAAUGUUCGAGCCGAAAGCUAAGAAGAUUGCGGUUCGUGAUGGUGGGAAUCAUUAUUUUACUGGUUGUUCAUUGCCUUUCAUCGCGGCUAGUCUUCUGGCCGUGCUGCAAAUGGAUGAAGAAUCGACAAAGAACAAACGCAUUCACAUUAGUGAGGUGCGUGCGUCGCUAAAUGAAAUUACUGAUGCAUUUGAAGAAGUAACGGGGGACAAGUUUGAGAGAAUCCCUGUCAGUUCUGAAUCUAUGUUUGAGCAACGAAAGAAGAUUUUUGCAGCUGGGGACAUUGCUACAGCUCUCUACUUCGGUGUUUACAUUACUGCAUUCAACGGUUGUGGUGCGGGAGACCUGAAGGAUGGCUUGCUUUUCGAUGGAGAUGGUUACCUCCGUCUGGAGAGAAGAACUCUCAAGGAUAUUGUGUCUGAGGCCGUUCAGAAAGCUUAA